AUGGCUCAGACAAGACAGCGAACAAAGGGGCAGCGUACACCUAAGAAGGAGGACCUAGAUGAAGGCCCGGUACUGGACGAACAAGAGCAAGAAGAUGAGAUCGAAAAGCUCAGAACUGCCAACGAAGCGAGCACUAAACAUGCGGAUACCUCGUUCGACUUAGGCAUCAUAAUAGCCUCUGCCUUCCACAUCAUGGAUCUGAUGCGCUUUCUCCGAGACGAUCAAUUAGCCGCCACUGGCCUCUGCGUAGCUCAGCUGGUUAUGCUGCCUCUUUCACUGUCCCAUAAAUGGCUCCCCGCACCGAUCUAUGACUUUGCAGCGACAUACCAUACCUACAUCGUCUGUGUUCAGCUGGUUGCCCUGGCCUUUUUGGUCGAUGUGACGUGGGCGGAUGAACCGACCUGGGCGGAGAUACUGCGAUUCGCGCUUCCCUCUAUCAAUGCCAUCUUUGUAGAGGUUCAACAUCGCUCCGCAGUGGCCGCCGAAGAGGCGCUGAAACGUCUCGAGAAGAAAAAAUACAAUGUCAAGGGUGCAUGA